ACAACCAGUGGACUUCUCUCUCCUCUUUCUCAGUUUCUCUCUCUAGACAUUUUCUCCAUUGCUAUCACCUCUGUCCAUCAGCUGAGCACAUGAGCAACAAUGAAGAAGCAUCAAACCCUAGUUCCGCUGUUCAUCCUCGCUGUGCAGCUCACCUCCGCCGUCGAUUUCAUCUUCAACACCUUCGACUCCUCCGGCGUGUCCCUCUCCGGCAACGCCACAAUCGAAUCCCAAAUCCUCACACUCACAAACGACGCCACUUUCUCAAUCGGCCGCGCAUUCUACACUUCGAAAAUCCCGACGAAGCAACCCAACACAACCGUCGUACUCCCCUUCUCAACGUCCUUCAUCUUCGCCAUGGCCCCCUACCGGAACCGCCUCGCGGGGCACGGCGUCGUCUUCGUGUUCUCCCCCCACGACGGAAUCGAGGGUUCCAGCUCGGCGCAGAAUUUAGGGCUUUUUAACUUCACCAACGACGGAAGCCCUAAUAAUCACGUGUUGGGCGUCGAAUUCGACUGUUUCAGGAACCAGGAAUUCAACGACAUUGACGACAACCAUGUCGGAAUCGAUGUCAACUCUCUCACCUCUGUAGCCGCCCACGAAGCUGGAUACUGGCCCGAUGACGGCGGGGCUUCUUCGUUCGAGAAAUUGGAGCUCAACAAUGGCAGAAUUUACCAAGUUUGGAUUGAUUAUGCUGAUAGCAUUCUCAACGUUACCAUGUCCCCUGUCGGUAUGAAAAGGCCUAAACAGCCUUUGCUCAACGUUCCUCUGAAUUUAUCCGAUGUUUUCGAAGACGAGAUGUUUGUCGGAUUCACUGCUUCAACAGGAGACAUGAUUCAAAGCCACAAGAUCCUAUCUUGGAGUUUUAGUAACACAAAUUUUUCUCUGAGCGAGGGAUUGAUCACGGAUGGUCUGCCCUCUUUUGAGCUUCCGAAAACUCCGAUCCAUCGAACCAAAGGUUUUAUUACAGCUCUGAUAGUUGGGAUUUCGGUUUUCGCCCUAGCAUGCUCUGUUGUUGCUUUCUUUUCCGUCGUAAGGAAUAGGAGAACAAGAAAGGAGAAGGAUGAAAUGGAAGAUUGGGAAUUGGAGUAUUGGCCGCAUCGAAUUUCUUUACAAGAGAUCGAAUCGGGAACCAAGAAUUUCGCCGAUCAAAAUGUAAUCGGAGUUGGUGGAAACGGCAAAGUCUACGGAGGGGUUUUGCGCGGUGGAUCGCAAAUUGCGGUCAAGGUCAUUUCUCGUGAAAAUGGAGAAGGGACAAGGGCGUUUUUGUCCGAAAUAUCAAGCCUAGGAAGACUAAAGCACCGAUACUUGGUGGGUUUUCGAGGGUGGUGCAAGAAAGACAAGGGCCACCUUAUUUUAGUGUACGAUUACAUGGAAAACGGAAGCCUCGACAAGAGGGUUUUCGAAUGUGAUGAAAAUAUGAUAUUGAGUUUUAAAGAUAGAAUAAGAAUUCUAAAGCAAGUGGCAUCGGCGCUAUUGUACUUGCACGAGGGCUGGGAGGCGAAAGUUUUGCAUCGAGACAUCAAGGCAAGCAAUGUGCUCCUUGAUAAAGAAAUGAACGCGAAAUUGGGCGAUUUCGGAUUGGCCAGAAUGCACGACCACGAUAGAACAUCUGGCACGACGCGGUUGGUGGGGACGGUCGGGUAUCUGGCGCCGGAGAUUGUGAGGGAUGGACGUGCCUCCACGAAAACCGAUGUUUUCGGUUACGGGGUUUUGAUAUUGGAGGUGGUUUGUGGGAGGAGGCCGGUGGAGGCGGGGGAGGAGGGGUUGGUGGAGUGGGUUCUGGACGCUUCUAGAAGGGGGGAGCUGGUAACGGCGGUUGAUCGGCGGUUGAAGAGGGAUGGCGGGGAGACGGUCGAUGAAGAAGGAGUCGAAAGAGUGCUUCGAUUAGGGUUGUUGUGUGCGCAUUUCGAUCCGAAGGUGAGGCCGAGUAUGAGACGAGUGGUGGAAAUAUUUGAAGGGGGGAAUGAAGAAGCUCAACAAGAAAGUUUGUUUGUGGGAGAUCAUGAUCAGGGUUUUAGCAGAGGUUUAGGUUUUACAAAUCCAACAUUUGAUGAGAUUGCUGAGGGGUUGUCUUCUUCAAUGGCAAUCUCUUGCAGUGGUAUUCUUGUGGAGGGGAGGUGA